GAAUAAUCAAAGCCGCAAAUAUGGAGGGAUGAGUGUAUAGCAAAGAACAAAUACAACAAUACACCUACGAUAACAACCGCUGUGUGGUUCUUGUGGCGCCCAGACCCAGGCCCCGUCCCCCGCCUCCUCCCUCUCGCAGAGAGGCCACACAAGUACAAUCUCGUGGCGCCGCCAAGAGGAGGGAGCCAAGCCUCUUGCGGCGCCUUUCUAACCCGCAGUGCGUGUGAGGAGGAAGCUUAUGCCAAGUGUGCCUUCUUCCCUUCCCUCCCUUUCAAAACCGCCCUCGGCCUCCUAGGCUUGACCCCAGAGGCCUUCCCCUUUUGAGGCGCGGCGAGCAAUGGCGGCCACUUGAGUGAGGAAGACUGGAGGGAGUUUUGCGCCUCAGGCCUCUCUCUCUCUCUCUCUCCUUCCUGAGGAGCAGCAGCAGGGAUGGCGACGGUUUCCCUGUGAGCGAGCCAGCCAGCGAGCCAGGCAGGGCGGCCGGGGCCGGAUGGCGGGGCCGGCGCCUGCCCUCCUUCGGGCCCUGCUCCUCGUCUUCCUCCUCCUGGCGUCCCGGGUCUCGCUCCCAGGCGCCCAGCCCCACCACGAGGCCCAGACCCCCGACUGGAGGAUGACCCUGAAGACCAUCCGCAACGGCGUCCACAAGAUCGACACCUAUCUCAACGCCGCCCUCGACCUCCUCGGAGGGGAGGACGGACUCUGCCGAUACAAGUGCAGCGAUGGAUAUAAGCCUUUACCCCGUUAUGGUUAUAAACCUCAACCACCCAAUGGAUGUGGUUCUCCCCUCUUUGGAGUUCAUUUUGACAUUGGCAUUCCCUCCAUGACAAAAUGCUGCAAUCAACAUGACAGGUGCUAUGAUACCUGUGGCAACAAAAAACAUGACUGUGAUGAGGAAUUUCAAUACUGUCUUUCAAAGAUCUGUAGAGAUGUACAGAAGACAUUAGGAAUACCAGAGAGUGUACAAGCUUGUGAAUCAACAGUGCAACUUGUGUUCGAUGCUGUCAUACACUUAGGAUGCAAACCCUACUUGGACAGUCAGAGAGCUGCAUGCAUGUGUCGAUAUGAAGACAAGAGAGAUCUUUAAAGAUAAUAAUGACUUUCUGGAACUUAUACAGAUGUGUUCGCAUUAUGAGAACUCUUUUUGUUGUUACAAAGCUGUUCAAAAUACUAUGGAUGUGAAGAUGGUCUACGCUAUUGCAGAAGACACUUUUUAAAAGAAAUUUUAUAUAGCACUUCCUUCAUCAACUUUGUAUACACCUUUAAUCUUUUAAAGAUACAUUGCAAACAUCUUUGAAAGAUAAGAGUGAUAUUUUGAUAACUAGUGGUAUGAUAACAGAUAAGUGCUGCAUUAAACCAAAAGAGAUGAAUAUCCAUGUAUAUUUCAUGGAAUUAAAAGUAGGUCAAACUUUGCUCUUACCAGUAAUUGACAUCUCUUUUGAGGUAUGGACAAGAAGGAAAAUGUUUCAUAUGUGUAUGAAUACUGUUUCUGUUCUUCCAUUAUGGUAGACAUUUUUUUGAACAGAUUCUCUUUGUUAUAUUCUGUGAUAAUUAGACCUAAAUCCGAAUGUUUUCAGUGGGACAAUUGCCUUUGUGCAUUUGUAUGGGGCUGCCCUGGGAAUAGACCCCAUUAACAGAAUGGAGUUUAUUAUGAAUGUGCUGAAAUCUACCCUACUUGUUUCACAACAGUCAAAUGUCAGAAUAUGUUGACUUGAUACAUAGCCCUAAGGCUUUUAUCCUAAUUAGAGUAAGCCCAUUGAAUCAAUGGAACUUGCAUAAAUGUUUACUUGCCAAGUCCCCAUUGAUUAAAUAGGCUACUCUGGUCAGAACUAGCAGUUUGAUUUUAGGACUCAGGAAUUGUCUAAUUCACUUUUCUAUCCAUUUUUCUGAAGUGCCUAUGAAAUUUAAAACAUAAAUUUGAAAUGCGUUUUAAAAACGUUUGAGUGGUAGAGUUCAUGGGUUAAAUCCAACACCACACUAGAGGAAUGAGCAUUUCCAUAAGCAUGGUUGCACUGGUUUAUACUGUUAUAAAAAUGGUAGUGCGGAUGGUACUAUAAACAUGUAGUCUAAAUUGUGCAAUGGAAACUGCAUUAAAUAACAUGCUUAUGCAAA